CACAUCAAUCCCGCAACAUUGACAGGGACGACAAUCGCAAUCCUACCGAAAAAAAAAUCAAAUCAAAACAUACUUAUCCAGAUGGAGCAAUUCUACCUCAAGAAUGUCGCGAGAUACCACACCCUCGUUGAACGCAUAGACCCAACGCCAAAGCCGAGAAUACCAGCAGGAACAGCCAGUCCAAAUAUGGUUGUCAGCGCAAGGAUCAGGCCUCUUUCCCAAGAUGAGGACUUCCCAUCCGCCAUCUAUCCUCGGUCUGUUCAGCAAAAUGUUGUUGACAUACACGACCUUUAUAACCACCCGAAAGGCAAUCCCAUACUCAAGUCUUUUGACUAUCAAGUAGAUCAACUUUUCAAUCCGGAGUCGACUACAGACGAGAUCUACGAGAGACUUGUGGCUGAUCUAGUUCCCUUUGCUUGGAACGGUGGAAUCGGUACUCUAUUUGCAUAUGGACAGACUGGGUCAGGCAAAACGUUCACAGUCAGCCGACUGGAGCAACUCGUCGCUGAAACGCUAAUGAAUGGGACUCUGGAAGGCGACAGAGAGAUACACAUGACAAUCAUCGAUCUGGCCGGAAACGCAGCUUUCGAUCUUCUCUCAAAACGCCAGCCAGUCUCCCUCCUCGAAGAUUCCUUUGGAUUCACGCAGAUGGUCGGAGCAAAAGAGUACCAAGUACGCAACAAGGAAGAAAUGAAGAUUCUAGUUGAGCAAGCAACGUCCUUCAGACGAACAGCCUCAACCUUCAAAAACGACGCUUCAUCAAGAUCUCACGCCAUCUGUCGCAUCCGCAUCAAAGAUCCGGCCACCGGAACAGAUGGGUUACUCUACUUGAUCGACCUCGCUGGAUCAGAAGGCGCUCGCGACGUCGCAUCGCACGGCGCAGAUCGCAUGCGCGAGACGCGCGAAAUCAACAACAGUCUCUCUGUCCUCAAAGAUUGCAUUCGCGGAAAGGCAGAAGCGGAUGCUCUGCAGUCCUCCGCUAGACGGAAGCCGGGCGCUAAAAUGCCACAUAUCCCGUUCCGACGCAGCGCUUUGACGAAGGUUUUGAAGCAUGUGUUCGAUCCGGUCGGUGCUCAGAAGUGCAAGACGGUUGUUAUAGCUUGCGUGAAUCCAAGUCUAGCGGAUGUGGGGCCGAGUAAGAAUACAUUGCGCUUCGCGGAGUUGCUACGUGUUUUGAUCCCGGUCAGUGGGAAGAUGGUUUCUGAUCCAAUGGUCCCGGUUACUUGGACGAACGCAGAAUUGAGGGAAUGGAUUAUGCAGAAUUUUGACACCCCUCCUAUACUACCUCACAUUGUAGCUUCCCGCGAAUCAGGUGCUCAAUUCUUCAAUCUAACGGGUACAGAGAUUGAGUAUAGAUGCCAAAAGUGCCCUGGUGUGAGAAUCGAGCACGCAAAAGCCUUCCGUUCAAAAAUAUGGGGGAUGCAAGCUGAAGCACAGAACAUGGGUUGGCCAAAUCCCAAGGGAGUGUUGUCCCAAACUGAUGAUAGAGUGGGCGAGAACAGCGAUGCAGUUGAGAACUUCGUUAGAUAA